GUUUAACUCUGGAUUUGUGCACACUCAAUGCCUCUCCCACAUGUGUCUUACACCCUGCUCUGAGCUGCCACACUCUGCUAUGACUUUCUGCUGCAAUCCUUAAUCUGGUUUCAGAUUAAUACUCCAAGUUCAGUCCUCCCCCCUGCCCUGCCCCCCCCCCCCCCCAGUCUUAGAACUGCUUCAGCAUCUUCAGUUACAGGUGCAGUAAGCCUAUAGACUCACAUUAGUGUAUCAGCUCUCACACAGCCUCAAUUCAAGUGGCGGCAGCAGUGGCAUGUCCAGACAUAAGCAGAGUCAGCAGCUUUUUCUGCCCCACUUGUACACAAGAGCCUUGUAUUUGGAAGCCACUUCAAGCUCUUCUCCUCUUAUGACUCAGCAUGAAGCAACAAAUUAAAUUGAUUUUCUAGUUUAAACUAAGUUCUCUUGCAUUUUCAAUACCACUGAUGAAACAGAUGGAUUCCUGAGUUUUCAUUGGAAUUACUAGUUUUGGUUAUGUUGGAAGCAUUACAAAUUUGUGAACACCUUCUUUCUUUUUUUUUUUCCCCAUAUGAGAUGUUAGCUCAUUCUUCUUCUGUGUGUGUUUCUCCUUUCUGUCCUUCCUUUCUCUGUCUUCUCUCACCUGAAAAUCACAUUUACUCUUUUGCUGUGUGCAAUACUGUCAUUUUUGUCCCAAGCUUUCGUAUCUUUCUGACUUAACCUCUUUAGGUUUUUUUUUCAUUCUUAUUAUUUUCACAUUUCCAGAUGAAAACUACUCUUACAAGUUACUUUUUUUUUCUGGAUAUUUAAACAGAAUUGUUGUUCUACUUGGAUUGCUCUACAGCAUGCAGUAUAAAAAAAGUUAUCUAUGACUUCUCUUUGUGUUUGAAAGUCUAGUUUGGCUUUAGUAACUUGCUAUUACUUGAUUUUUUUAAAAUGUUUAUUAGCGUCUUGCUCAACUUGUGAUUUCAGUAGUGUUAGUCAUCAGUUUGAAUUCUCAGGACAGGGAAACAGGUGUAUCUGGUAGGAUGAGCAGGAGUGGAAAAGCUUGCUCCUAAACAUAGCAGGAAAAACUUCGGUAAUAUCUAUGUGAUGAUCCAUAUAGCAGUUGACAAACAUCUUCAGGCUUUUUCUCCUGAGGUAAAAACCUACAAAAAUCCAAGCCAAACUGUGUCUCGAAAGCCUAAUUAGCCUGGGAUAUGGCAGUCUUUGUAGUUGCUGGUCACAUUAACUAUAUCUGCUUGUAGAUAUCAUGGCCAGCUCAGCAAGUCUCUGGCCAGAGUGAGAUUAUAUAGUGUAGCUUCUUAUGAUAACAGGUUUCCAGACUCAACCCCACAGAUCCCUUCUGCAUGGAUGGGUGUGGGCUGUCAGAGGCCUGUCUUCAGCUCUGCUGCUGCCAGAGUUUUGCUGUUUGGGCUGAAACUUUUCACAGCAGCUAUUUGCUUCAAGGGACACUGGGGAAGGAAGAGGAAGGAAGCAAAAAAGAAGAGGAUGUUGGCUCAGGAAUGGAUCAGCUGUGUGCUGUGCAUAAAGCUGCUUGGGAAGGGACGGGAAAAAGAAUGGAAAUCUUAAAACAUUUAAUUUAUACUUAGCAGCCCCUCUUUACAAUGAGGAGCUAAUAUUUUAGCAAUAGAUUGUCUGGUGCGUGCAGAGUGUGGCUUCUGAAACCUCUGAUAAUGCAUCUGAAUUUGACCAUGACCUGGUCUUGAAAUGUGUUCAGUCUUAAGUCUGUUUAUUGCGCAUGAAAUUGGGAGGAGAGUGGGGAAAUCCUUGGUGUGCAAGAGACAGAAAAAGUGGACACAGUGCAGCUUCAUGUUGAACAUGAGCCUUGUUAUGAUCAGUGAGAAUGUAAAGCUGGCCCGUGAAUAUGCCUUACUGGGAAAUUAUGACUCUGCGAUGGUCUACUACCAGGGAGUUCUUGACCAAAUGAAUAAGUACCUCUACUCUGUCAGAGAUACAUAUCUGCAACAGAAAUGGCAACAGGUUUGGCAGGAGAUAAGUGUGGAAGCUAAGCAUGUGAAAGAUAUAAUGAAAACACUAGAGAGUUUUAAACUAGACAGUACUCCAUUGAAAGCUUCACAACAAGAAUUACCAGCUCAUGAUGCGGAAGUCUGGUCUUUGCCAGUACCUGCUGAACGUAGACCUUCGCCAGGACCCAGAAAACGUCAGUCUGCUCAGUGCAGUGAUUGCAGAGGUCACAAUAAUCGUAUAAGUGCAGCUGUCAGAGGCCCUCACCGUCCAUCCUCUCGAAAUCCCAGUGAUAAAGGGAAGGCGGUCCGCAGCCGGGAAAAAAAAGAUCAGCAAAAUAAAGGAAAAGAGGAAAAGAACAAAUCCACGUCUGAGAUUUCAGACUCUGAACCAAAGAAAUUUGAUAGUACUGGAUAUGAUAAAGAUUUAGUAGAAGCUUUGGAAAGAGAUAUCAUUUCUCAGAAUCCCAACAUUCGAUGGGAUGACAUUGCUGAUUUAGUAGAAGCCAAAAAGCUGCUUAAGGAAGCUGUAGUUUUACCGAUGUGGAUGCCAGAAUUUUUUAAGGGAAUUAGAAGACCAUGGAAGGGUGUGCUGAUGGUCGGUCCUCCUGGUACUGGGAAGACCCUCCUGGCAAAAGCUGUAGCCACUGAAUGCAAGACUACUUUUUUCAAUGUGUCUUCUUCCACACUUACCUCAAAAUACAGAGGAGAAUCUGAGAAACUUGUUCGUCUACUGUUUGAAAUGGCUCGAUUUUAUGCCCCAACAACUAUAUUUAUUGAUGAGAUAGACUCUAUCUGUAGUCGUAGAGGAACUUCAGAGGAGCAUGAAGCUAGCCGACGUGUGAAGGCAGAACUGCUAGUUCAAAUGGACGGUGUUGGAGGGGCUGCUGAAAAUGAUGAUCCUUCCAAGAUGGUCAUGGUACUUGCUGCUACUAAUUUUCCUUGGGAUAUUGAUGAAGCCCUAAGACGGAGACUAGAAAAGAGAAUUUACAUUCCUUUACCAUCAGCAAAAGGUAGAGAGGAACUCCUAAGAAUAAAUCUGCGAGAGCUGGAACUGGCUGAUGAUGUUGACCUUGCAAAUAUAGCUGAGAAAAUGGAGGGUUAUUCAGGUGCAGACAUUACCAACGUAUGCAGAGAUGCAUCGUUGAUGGCUAUGAGAAGGCGUAUUGAAGGCUUGACGCCAGAAGAAAUAAGAAAUCUUUCCCGCGAUGAAAUGCACAUGCCAACAACUAUGGAAGACUUUGAAAUAGCUUUGAAGAAAGUUUCUAAAUCUGUAUCUGCUGCGGACAUUGAGAAAUAUGAGAAAUGGAUAGUUGAAUUUGGAUCAUGCUGAGUUGUCUUACCGUGAAGAAGCCACCUUACGUCUUAAAACAGCUUUAGAAGUAAUAAGUAGUGUGUCAGUGCACUGCAUGCUCUUUUUAACUUUUGUAAUUUAAGAGCAACAGAUGUCUAAAUAAAUUUUUUUUAAAAUGCAAA